UGUGUUUUUGAAACGGGAAAAAGCGCGACGAUGGAGAUGUUCUUAUUAGUCCUUUCCAUGGGAAGCCUCAGCUUGGCGUUUCCCUCGUGCCCGUCAGAGUGCGCGUGCCCGCGGGAGGCGCCGAGGUGCGCGCCCGGGGUGAGCCUCGCGCUGGACGGAUGCGGCUGCUGCAAGGUUUGCGCGAGACAGCUGAACGAGGACUGCAGCCUGGCGCAGCCAUGCGACCACGGCAAGGGGCUGCAGUGCAACUUCGGGGCCAGCAGGGGCGCGUCGAAGGGCAUCUGCCGGGCCAAAUCAGAAGGAAGACCCUGUGAGUACAACAGCAAAAUUUACCAAAACGGCGAAACCUUCCAGCCGAACUGCAAGCACCAGUGCACCUGCAUGGACGGAGCUGUGGGCUGCAGCACACUGUGUCCGCAGGAGCUCUCACUGCCCCGGCGCGGGUGUGCCCACCCCCGGCUGCUCAAGGUCCCCGGACGCUGCUGUGAGGAGUGGCACUGCGACGACGCCACCCACAAACCCCUCAGCAAGGACAGCAGCAUAGCCUCUGAGAACGACCUCACCAAGAGACACCUGCUCACCGACCUGGCCAAAGCGCCACUCAAGUCUCUGCCUGCUUUUGGAGUCCCGGCUGAGAGCCGGAUGUUUGAAAGGCAGAAGUGUGCUGUUCAGACGACCGCCUGGUCGCAGUGCUCCAGGACCUGUGGGAUUGGCGUCUCCACCAGAGUCUCCAACGACAACGAAGACUGCAGAGUGGUGAGGGAGACACGUCUGUGCCAGGUGCACUCCUGCGCCCCGCCCACAGCUGCCAGCACAAAGAAGGGCGGGAGAUGCAGCCGCCCCACUCGGGCCCCCCGGGCCGAGACCCUCCGCUACGCCGGCUGCUCCAGCAUCAGCCAGCUCCGGCUCCGGCUGUGCGGCACCUGUGCAGACGGCCGGUGCUGCAGCCCGCUGCGGACCCGCACAGUUCCGGUCCGGUUCCGUUGUGAGGAUGGUGAGAUCGUGAAGAAGAACGUGAUGUUGAUCCAGUCCUGCAAGUGCACGUUGGACUGCCCCCACGCCAGCGAAGCCUCCUACCCCCGGUACCCGCUGCUCAACGAUAUCCGCAAGCUCAGAGACUGAGGGGACGCCUGCAGCCGACUGGCUGCUCCGGGGCUCACGGACACGGAGACUAAUACGAAAUGCACUGUACUGCUGGAAGUGAUUUCAGCAUCAUUUCCUGUUCCAAAGGAAUCGCUUCAUAAUACUGGAGCAUUACUGACAGCUUCGUUAUGGAGCAAUAUGUUAUUUAAUUUGUAGAACGAGUUAAUAUUGACCUGUUUGUAUGUUAUGAUACAAACCUAAGACAAGGCCGCUGUCACCUGGUUCAGUAAACCCUGGUCUCAGUCUUUCCUGAUGUACAAACCCUGGUCUCAGUCUUUCUUGAUGUACAGACCCUGGUCUCAGUCUUUCCUGAUGUGCAAAGAAAUUUUCAUGUC